UUCAAUUUCUCUUUUCCUCUCUACUUUGUGGAUCUGUUUCUAACUAGAGAUGAAAUUAUAUAUCAGUUUCUUCCUCGUCUUCCUUAUGUUGUUUUAUUCAGUCAUGUUUGCUGUCGAGGCCCGUCCUCUCAAUUGUGCCUCGAUUUAUAAUUUGUCCUUGAAUGCUGUGAAGGCCGGUCCAAGUCCUGGUGAAGGACACAAGUUUACCAAUGCGAAAACACUUGGAGGGAUUAAAAUGUCUGGUCCAAGCCCUGGUGAAGGACAGAAGUUUACCAAUGCGAAAACACUUGGAGGGAUUAAAAUGUCUGGUCCAAGCCUUGGUGACGAACGCAAAUUGUCCAAUGCUCAAACGCUUGGAGGAAAUAAGAAAUCUGGUGAAGGAAACAAAUUUACUAACGCUUACACGCUUGGAGGAGUUAAGGAAUCUGGCCCAAGCCCUGGAGCUGGACACUAGUUUGCGUAGCAAUUGGAUGGAACUCUAAUAUAUUUAUUCUUUAUUUCCAUGGUUUAAAUUCUUUAUUAGUAGUGGUGAGACACGAAAUGAUUUUAUUUUUUUAUUAUUAUUAUUUUUUAGUUUUGCAGCGGGCAGAGAGAUAUUCUCACUAUUAUUUAUUAUUCUUUUCCAUGUAAUG